AAGAUCGGCAGGAUGCGGCUGGUUUAUGUCAAAGCACUUCUCGCUCAUGUCGGAAGAAGUUUAAAAGUGCGCCGAGCUGUAUUGUCCCUGCUGGUGCUGCUCUCUAUAGCAAUUUUCUACCAUCUUUCUUCUCCCGAUUACAUGACAUCCAUUUUAAUACAAUUCAUCGCAAAAGACGUGGACUCAAGAGUGAAAAUUCCAUUUCACGAAUGGAAGCAAUGUGUGGAAAAAAAUAUAUCCGAGUACCGCAAUGACUCAAACAAGUUGUGGUGGAAUCUUUGUAAAGGGGUAACGCUAUGCGAAAAACAUCCUUUCAUGGCACGACUAGAAAUUCUGGAUUUUAGAAAUUCCGACGAGAUCAAGCGCCACAUUCCUUCUUUGCAGGAGAAACCCAGCAUAAUCGUAACACUAGGAAUUGGAAAGGAUACGGCUGCGGAGAAAGCUGUGCGAAAGGUGUUGCCGAAAGGCUCUUUAUUUUAUGGAGCAGAUCCUAUGCAAGAAGUUAACGAAGACCUCUUCAACAAAUUAGGCACAUACUUCCCAUUUGCGGUUAAGGCAAAGUCGCAAAAUUCAAUAGCCAAUGUUCUCUUCAAUGGCUCUUACGUAACACGCAGAGUAAUGCACAUUGACCUAGCGUACUUUCUUACAGAAAUUAUUGGACAUAAAAUCUACGAUGAUUUAUGGAUUGAUGCAGAAGGUGCCGAGUAUGAACUGUUUCCCUACUUUUAUCGAGGAGGAAAGCUGGAUCAACAUGGGAUUACAUUGUGCCAGUUCAAUAUGGAAGUGCAUUGGCCAAACGACGCGCGAAAGAAGCUGUUCAGAGACUUCAUACUUAAAAUAUUGGAGGAUAAUCGCUAUGCUUUCUUUCGGCCUGUGCAAGCAAGGCAUAUGCGUUUAUAUUUUUUGAAUUUCUCAGACAGGCAUUGUGUGUCAAAAUAUAUAUUCAGAAAGACAACAUAAAAUUUGGGUCUGUAGAUUCACGAGUAGGACACCUCCUUUAGAUAAGCCGGAGAUUUUGAAAUUUCUUAUAAGGUUUCAUCUUAUUUCUAACCUGAUCGAAGUCGGUUAAUAUUGUGCACGGAUUAGUAAAAACUUUGUUUCUCAUUCUUUAAAUCUGCUAGGGUAAUUCGAAGGUAGUCAUAUCUUUGGCUUGACGCAACUAUUCUGUAAAUAUUCAUCUGCUAGUGUCAUAAAGUGCCACUCUUCUAUUUUUGAUGCUCAAAACUUAUGAAACUCUAG